AAAAAAAAAAAAAAAAAAAAAAAAGAAAAAGAAAAGAAAACAGAAAAAACGAAGACAAUGAUGCUGAUCAAGAGUUUCUUUCGGCGAAUCGCCAAAGAUUUUCGUCACAAAGAAUUGCUACCUCUCAAAUUGAUAUUCUUCGUUCAAGCAUCCACGCUCUACGUACUUUAUCCUUAUCUGACGAUUCACAUGAGAGAAUUAGGUAUAAAUGUAGAGGAAACAGCUAUAAUGAGUGCCGUUACACCUAUCGCAGCUAUAGUGAUGCCACCAUUGGCUGGGAUGUUUGCCGAUCGAGUUGGAAAUUUUCGGAUAUUAUUAUCAUUCUUUUCUUCUCUUGGCGGUGUAGCAGCGUUACUUCUCUUACUCGUCCCAAUAGGCAGAGUUACAGUCGAAUUUCCAGAGAGAGUUAUAAUGGACGCGAGUUGUGCAGGUAAAAAUGGCGAACUCAUAUAUUCGAUGAGUCAAAACCACCCUUGCGAAACAGAUUUGAGCUCAGAGAUCGCUACGAAGAUAGAGAGUUGUGGGUAUGCCUGUCACAUAGACGAACAGAACGAAACCAAUUCGCAGGCGCUAUUAACUUCGAGAUUGUACACGAUUAUGAGUUACGAUUUUAAAAUGGGUACCAACGAUUCGUUCAAGUACACUGCCUCUUUAAAUAAUAUCCCUCAGGACAUCGGCCAAAUACAGGACAUGAGAAUAAAUCGUAAAUUGAGGAACAACGAAUUUUUUAAAACUUCGGUUCGUCGUUUGUCGAAGAACAAUUAUUUCUUCCCGACAAAUCCACUUUACGAAUUCUCUUGCAGUCCAUCGACUUUCCUCGAGGAUUUCGACUCCGUUAAAGUCUACGAAAAUCGAACGCUUUGUACCUUCGGAGAAUUCAUUGAUCCGUCCAAAGAGAAACUCGAUCGAACUAUGAACCGACAGUCGUAUUUAUCGAAAUUAAAUAAAUUGGAAAUGACGGAGGAGGACAUCGAAGAGGAACGACAAAAAUUUAUCGCGGAGAAAGUAUCCUGGAACGGUGAAAUUUUUGAGAAAGUAAUUUGUAAAAAUUCUAACGAAGAUGAUCAAACGGUCGUCGUAAAAGUUCCACUGCUGGAUUAUGCCCAAAGUCCGGAACCUUAUCAAAUACUUGAUAUCGAGAAUUGUGUUAAAAAGUGUAUCGUUAGUAUGCCCCGAAAGGAAGUAUGUUUGAACAUGGAUAUGCAAGUCGAGUAUAACAUUACAUUGACGUUUUGGUUAUACCUGGUGAUCAGAGUGUUUAUUGGAAUCAUCGGUGGAACCACUUUCGCCAUGUUCGAAGGUGCAGUCAUUGCGAUAUUGAGAGAACAGGAAGCAGAUUACGGUCUUCAAAGAAUUUACGGAAGUAUCGGUGGUAUGAUAUCAUCUCCGUUGUCUGGUCUUUUGAUAGAUUAUGCCAGUAGAGACAAAGGAUACACGGACUUUAGACCCGCAUUUUAUUUGUACGCCGCAUUGAAGCUCAUUUCGGGUUUCCUUAUGUUAGCUAUUAAUUUGGAAUUCAAAUCGCCAGCGACUAACGUUGUCAGCGACGUUCUCACCGUUCUUAAGAACGUCGAAGUGGUUGCUCUCUUCAUAGCAUGCUUCAUUCUCGGAACCGCUUGGGGAUACAUCGAGUCUUUUCUAUUUUGGUUGAUCCAAGAUUUAGGAGGUUCCAGAUCGCUCAUGGGAAUUACCAUAACAGUCGGUGGUAUCGCAGGAAUUCCUUUGCUCGUUCUCUCUGGACCAAUCAUAUCGAAGAUCGGUCAUGCUAAUGUUCUUUUCAUCGGUUUUGUUUUUUACGCUGUCAGGCUUUGUGGUUACUCUUUGAUUUAUAAUCCUUGGUUGACCUUGAUCUUCGAGGCACUCGAAUCGGUGACAUCGUCUCUCAGUUUCACGGCAGCUGUUACUUACGCAGCAAAAUUAUCUACCUCUACUACGGACACUUCUAUACAGGGACUACUCGGUGGACUUUAUUACGGAGUUGGUAAAGGUUCUGGUAGUUUGAUCGGUGGUUAUCUGAUGAAAGCGUUCGGUACCAGACCGACGUAUCAGAUCUUCGCUGUGAUCUCCUUAGUGACCGGUUUAAUAUACUUCUUCUUCAAUGCGUUGUAUUUGAAGAAAAGGCCUCAAGUCGAAGGCAAUGACAUUGUAAAGAAAAAACCAAAGACGAUCGCUGAGAAUCAAAAUGGUCUUGAUCGUGGUAUCGUUGAGAUCGCUUUGGACGAAAAGAAUCAACAUCGAACGAGCAACGAAAAGGAGAAGAAGUCGAUCGAUGCGCUUGGAAUCGACAACGAGAGUUUCGUUAAGGAAAAGGAUAUCUCCCCGAAGGACUCGAAGGAUCUCGAAACGAUCAACAAUGCGAAAAAUCUAGAGACUAUCGAGAAAUCCUCGAUUACGAUUAAUCCAGAGAAAAUCGAAGGACAAAACGGAUUGAUGAAUCCUAAUAAAUUAGAGGGCCAAGAAGACGAGGAUUGUAAUAUUACGAUAGAGUUACGACCGAACGUUUAAAAGACGUAUAAGUUCCUUUUGAAGAUCUCUAAUUAAUCUUAUGGAUAUUACGACGAAGGAAAGAACGAUGAAUUAAAGGGAAGAAAGAACGUGCGAACCCUUUUUAUUCUUAAUUAUUCGAUCGUGUGUUCUUUCGAGAGAUACAUGCAUAUAUUUUUUCUUUUUGUUUUUUUUCUUCCCUCUUUUUUUCUACAAAUUUACAUAACAAUUUUAAGUUCGUUUCGUAUAUACGAAUUGUUAUAACGAUGACGUUAUUUAAUAAUAAAUAAGAUUUCGAUAGUAUGUAAAUUAUAUAGUUAAUGUUUUUUGUAUAUAAAAAUUGUAUAGUUAAUGUACGUUGUAAAUAUUGUCCUCGACAGGAAACACGGCAAAUUUUACCUUACACAUACAUACGCACACAUACAUACACAUACAUUUCUUUUUCUGUACGAUAAUAUGCUUAAUAGAUAGAUAUGUUUCAUUACAAGUGGAUGAUGAGUUUUCUAUGAAAACGAUGAUCCUGUAAACCGUAUAAAUAUAAAUGAUUACUUAUUA